AUGGCACCAGGAGAGCGCUCAGAAGAAGUCUGGCUAUGGUACACAGCAGUAUACGAAGCGAUUCAAGAGGUACCUUCUGGCAAGGUCACUAGCUAUGGUCAUAUUGCCAGGCUGGUAGGGAAGCCCGAAUGUCCAAGACAAGUCGGAGUUUGUCUCAAGAACUUGCCUUCGCCAUCGGCCGAUAGCAGCAAGAGUUCAACGUUCCAUAGCCGCAACGUGCCUUGGCAGCGCGUGAUCAACGCCAGAGGCGGUAUCAGCCCGAGAGGCCCGAGCGCUGCUGCUCAGCAGGCGGAUGCUCUGCGGAGAGAGGGAGUGGAGGUCAGACAGGAUGCCAUGGGCCAGUACACGGUAGAUCUCGGUACAUAUGGCUGGUUCCCUGAUGUCCUCCCAAGCGAGGCUGGCUUAGUUGAAAGUAGCGACGAGGAGGAUGAAGAAGCGGCCGCGUACCACACUUGA